AUGGCGCGUCUGGGCAGAGCCGACCUCGUCAAGUACAUGCACAAUAAUGGAGUCAAACCGUCCACUCGUACAAUGGAUGUAGCUUCCACGCUGGAGAUCGUUCAGUUCCUGCAUCAAGUGUCUCAAGUUGGAUGCACAACCGAGGCUAUGGACAAUGCAGCUGCCACUGGCCGACUAUCAAUCUUGGAGUAUCUUCAUCACAAUCGUAGCGAGGGCUGCACAAUCGCUGCGAUGGACAGAGCUGCAGCUGGUGGCCACUUACAGGUUGUUGAGUUCCUGCACCGUAAUCGAACGGAAGGUUGCACAACAAAGGCAUUUGACAUGGCUGCAUCGAAUGGACACAUGGAGGUUGUCCAGUUCCUACAUCACAACCGAACCGAAGGUUGCACGCAUCGGGCCAUGGACUGGGCGGCGUGUGGAGACCUGCCAAUGGUCAAGUUCUUGCAUUCCAACCGCACAGAGGGCUGCACGACCGACGCAAUGGAUGACGCAGCAUCAAAGGGUUGCCUCGACACCCUCAAGUUCCUUCACGACAAUCGAUCAGAGGGAUGUACUGAGGUGGCCAUGGACUGGGCAGCACGUGAAGGACAUCUCGAGGUUAUCGACUUCUUGCAUCGCAACAGGACCGAAGGCUGCACCGUGGAGGCGAUGGACUGGGCGGCACAGGAGGGUCAUCUCGAGCUUGUCAAGUACCUGCAUCUCAACAGGUCAGAGGGGUGCACAACCGAUGCCAUCGACAGUGCAGCACGCAAUGGACACUUGGAGGUCGUACGGUAUCUUCAUCUCACCAGGACCGAGGGAUGUACAAAGGUAGCAAUGGAUACUGCCGCACGACAGGGCUAUACUGCAAUCGUUGAGUUCCUUCAUCACAACAGGACAGAGGGCUGCACGAUCCAUGCAAUGACCUUUGCGAUCCACAAUGGCCAUAUGAAUGUCGUGCGAUUCUUGCACGAGCGCAGGACAGAAGGGUGCAGCAACGUCGCUAUGGAGCUCGCCUGUCAAAGCGGCCACCUCGACAUCGUACAGUUUCUCCAUAACAACAGGAUCGCUGGUCCUUAUGGCUCUAUAACAUCGGCGGCGGCCAGUGGCCAUCUGGACGUAGUUCAAUUUCUCCAUCACAACAGGACUGAAGGCUGUACAAAGAGUGCAAUGGACAUAGCGGCAGCAAAUGGAUACAUUCGAGUAGUCCAAUUCCUGCACACUCAUCGAACUGAGGGCUGCACGGUGCAGGCUGUGGACAAGGCAGCAGAGAAUGGAUACAUGGAUGUAGUGCAGUUCCUAUGCGAUAACCGUCACGAAGGAUUCUCCAUGGACAAGUUGAGUGUGAUAUCAGAGAAUGGCCACUCCAACAUCGUCGAAUACCUUAGUAAAUGGAAUGCUUCAACAACAUCAACAACAUCAACAGAGACAUCAAUGACAAUAGAACAAAUAUUGGAUCAACUUAAGGCUAUAUAA